AUGCAUAAUAAGCGCGCUGACUCUACAUGCCCUCAAACACUUACACCACUAUCAACUGAUUCAAAAACGAUCGUUGGAUAUUUUCCUGGCCAUUUGUCUGAUUACACUCAUUAUGGAAAAACAUAUUACGAUAAUAAUUAUGAUUAUGUUAGUCCAGGUUCGAUCCCUUGGAAUAUUACGCAUUUAAAUUGGAUUGGUACGAGAAAUUUUAAUUCAUAUUUUAAUCCGAUCGUUUUAACAGGAAACAUCAACAUUAACUCUAAUCCAUCAUUCGCAAAUGGAACUUCCAGUGACCGUGCAGGAUUUAUUACCAAUGUUAUAAAUUUUACAACUCAAGUUAAUAUAAUCAAAAACUUAACUACACCUACAAAUAAAACCGGUCCAAGUAUUACACUUAACCAGACAUCAGCCAUUAUGAGUGAUUGGAGCAAAAUCGUACCUUCAGCAAAACUCAACUUAGGAGUAGACUUUUAUGGUGUUAUUGAAUUAACUGCUCCGGUUGAUCUGGGUAGUCUUGACAAUAACCAAACUAUUCCACGUAACUUAACAACUGCUCCAUUCGCUACUUCAUAUAGCAGUGACCCCUCUAUUUAUCUUUUUUAUGAUAAAUGUUCAUUUACGUUGGAUAAAUCUAUACAAUUAUAUCCUUGGUAUUUUAUGAGACUGCAAACUGGUCAGCAAACUGGUCCGCUCAUAAAUUCCUGUACAGCCGGAAAUGGUUGGGCUCGUAAAUUUGAUUCUGAGACAAGUACUACUUAUCUAUACAAAGUUAGUUCAGAUUCACUAGUCGUGGGUUCGCCAACGCCUGUUUAUGUAUAUGAUUAUGUCUCUUAUGAAGAUCCUCAAUCAAUUCAAUAUAAACUAAAAUUAAUUACAAAUAACUCGUAUGGUGGUAUAGCUAUUUCAGAUCUUUAUGCGGAUUCCAGUGAUAAUGAAAUGUUAAAUACUAUAACGUCUGUCUUUCCGGUUUCUUAUAGAAAUGUUACUAGUUCUAAUAACAGUUCGUCUUCAGGACUUUCAAUUAUAACAUCCAUUAUUGUAGCCUUAGUCAUCCUUUGUUGUUGUGGUUGUUGCUGCUAUGGAUUAUUUAGUAAGUCUAGUUCUUCUUCAUCUGGUUCAUCUGGUUCAUCUGGGAAGUGGGUACCGGUAGGCACUUUAUGGGCAAAAGUAUAA